CUUGAUCAUCGAUACAGUGGCAGAUUAAAACUCGGUUUUGUCCGAGUGUUCCUCACCCUGUCCCUUCCUCUGAUCUUCUAGUAUGAGCAGCUUCUCCCCCCUCGCCACCGAUGAGCAGGCGGUCGCCACUAUCCGGACUUUGGCGGCCGAUAUCGUCUUCAAAUCGAACUCUGGACAUCCAGGUGCUCCUAUGGGCAUGGCGCCCGUCGCUCAUGUUCUCUUCUCUCGGUUCUUGACCGCCAACCCCAAGAGCUCCCACUGGUUCAAUCGCGAUCGUUUUGUCUUGUCGAACGGCCACGCAUGUGUCCUCCAGUACACCAUGCUCCACCUGCUCGGCUACAAGCUGUCCAUGGACGAUCUUAAGGACUUCCGUCAACUCAACUCCCUCACCCCAGGUCAUCCAGAAGCUGGUCACACCGAUGGUAUCGAGGUCACAACGGGGCCUCUUGGCCAGGGUGUCGCAAACGCGGUCGGACUUGCGAUCGCACAAGCCCACCUCGGUGCAAUUUACAACAAGGAAGGGUUUGAGCUGAUCAACAACUACACUUACGCUUUCUGUGGAGAUGGUUGUUUGAUGGAGGGUGUCUGCGCUGAGGCGGCCAGUUUGGCCGGCCACCUGCAGCUGGGCAAUCUGAUUUUGGUCUAUGAUGACAAUCACAUCUCCAUCGAUGGCGACACCGCCGUUGCUUUUACCGAGGAUGUUGGUGCCCGUUUCGAGUCAUACGGAUGGCAGGUGCUGUCGGUGAACGACGGUGACCAUGAUUUGGCUGCUAUCUACUCUGCCAUCGCCGAGGCUCGUAACGAGAAGAGCAAGCCUACCAUCAUCAAAUUGAAGACGACCAUCGGCUUCGGGUCCAAGCAGCAGGGCACUCAUGGUGUCCACGGUUCCCCUCUCAAGGCCGACGAUAUCGUUGCCCUCAAGACCAAAUUCGGUUUCUCACCCGAGGAGAAGUUUGUCGUGCCCGCCGAUGUCUAUGCCUCCUACGCUGAAGUCGCGUCCCGUGGCGCUGCUGCUGAGGCCAGCUGGAACUCUCUAUUCGCCGCUUACGCCCAGAAAUAUCCGGCUGAGCAUGCCGAGCUCUCUCGUCGUAUCGCCGGAGAGCUUCCCGACGGAUGGGAGAAGGCACUCCCUGUUUACACCCCCGCCGAUGCCGCUCAAGCAUCCCGGAAACUGUCCGAAAUCGCCCUGACCAAGCUCACCCCCGUCCUACCCGAGUUGAUGGGUGGCAGCGCUGACUUGACCGGCAGUAACUUGACCAAGGUCAAGGGAUCUGUUGAUUUCCAGCCUCCGAGCACCAAGUUGGGCUCCUACGCUGGAACUUAUAUCCGAUACGGUGUUCGUGAGCAUGCCAUGGGUGCUAUCGCCAACGGUCUGGCCGCAUAUGGCGGUAUCAUCCCGUUCGUUGCUACUUUCCUCAACUUUGUUUCGUACGCGGCCGGCGCCGUGCGUUUGUCUGCUUUGAGCAAGGCUCAGGUUAUCUGGGUGGCUACCCACGACUCUAUCGGUCUUGGUGAAGAUGGCCCCACCCACCAGCCUGUCGAGACCAACGCCCACUUCCGUGCCACGCCCAAUAUCGCGUUCUGGCGUCCGGCUGACGGAAACGAGACUUCCGCAGCCUAUGCGAUGGCGCUGAAGAUGAAGCAAACGCCGUCCAUCUUGUCGCUCUCUCGUCAAAACUUGCCCAACUUCGAGGGUUCGACCAUCGAGCAUGCUUCUCGUGGAGGCUACGUUGCCGUUGAGGAACCCAAUGAGGCCCUCACCAUCGUCAGCUGCGGUAGCGAAGUCAGCAUCGCCCUCGAGGCCGCCAAGAAACUCAAGGAGCAGGGCCUCCCGACUCGUGUCGUGAGCUUGCCCUGCUGGCUGGUCUUUGACCAGCAGGACCAGGAAUACCGUCUCAGUGUUUUGCGAAGCGGUGCACCCAUCCUCUCCCUGGAAGCCCUGACUGUGAGUGACUCGUUCCGAAUCUUGUGUGCUUGCUCAGGAUAUGUUUCCGUUCCAGACCAUGGGUUGGGAGAAAUACAGUCACGAGCAGUACGGUCUGCCGAGCUGGGGUGCCUCUGGUCCCUAUCUGCAGGUCUACGAGAAGUUUGGUAUCACACCCACCAACAUCGCUGCCGUCGGAAAGAAAGUCAUCGACUUUUACAAGAAGAAGGGCGGGGAGGUCGUCUCUCCCCUCGUCAAGGCUUUCACUUUGUAGAUCAACUAACAAUAAACCAGUAAAAGAGAACAUGUACUUACUUCCAAAUAGAAACCUAGAACGGGUGGACUGAAAACUGGGAACUUGAUCACGAUUGAUCAGUACACCAACAAAUCGUAUUGAUAGCAUUCCAUUACGCUAGGCGGGCUUCUGAACAUCACAGUACUUACUACAGAGCUUGCACCUUCGACAUGAUUCAGUCUCUCCUGGAAUGUACGACUGGCAUUCAAGUAGCAACAUGACGACGGGUGAAUCAUCUGCAUCUAAUGUUUUCUAUGGACUUCCAGACUGUCCCAGGAAGCUCGUUCCUUCAGCUCGCUCUCAACAGCUUCGACAUGGGGAAGGAGGUAACGGAUGUCCUGCCAAUCGUCAGCGCGUCAGUAAAUCGCUGUUAUGAGCGCGCACAUCUUCCGGCUUGGUCCAAAGGUCUUUGGAGAGGGGCGCGUGGAGAACGUCGGCUUGAGAAGCACGCUUGAUACGGAAUUGGCGAUCAUAGGCUUCACGAGGAGUCAGGCGAGCGAGGGCCUGACGGCGGGAUCAGCCAGCUACUCCUCCCAACACCCACAAUCUUCAAACCUUCUGGACUUCCGG